AUGUCUAUCAAUACAGCGCUGGUAUGUGUAGUGUUGGCUAUCUGUCCGCUGGUAUCGCAUGCGGGCAUUUAUAGCUGCUAUUCGGGCACAAUUCCCGGCUGCACGUGCACAGCCGCUUGGAAUUUAGCCGAUUUCAACUACAAAGUGGUGGUGUCGUGUACGGGUGCAGUUGGCUCGGCCACUGACUUUGGCGACAAUCUCAAGAUCCGUACCAAAGGCUAUCAAUUUGACGACUUUAUAAUCUCCUCUUAUCCUAACACUCGCCUCCCGGACACCCCCUUCGACGCCUCCACUUCCAUCAAACGUAUAAUCAUUAAAGACUCGCCAAAAUUGGAGGGCUUU